AUGUCUUUCUUUCUCAGCAAUUUAACAAAUGACUCUAACCUGUGGAAAGUAAGUCAUAAUUCUACGGACCUUAUGAAUUCGCCAGCAACUCUGACUCUUUCUCUCUUUUGCCUGAUCUGUAUAAUGACUCUCGUAGCUCUGGUGGGCAGCAUUUUCUCACUGGUUUCUCUGCUGACCAUGCAGUACAGAACUGUUGUGUCCCUGCUUGUAACAUCUUGGUCUGUGGAUGAUCUCUUGAGCGUCUUGUCAGUGACUAUCUUCAUGGUUUUGCAGUGGCCAAAAGAGGCACCAGGCUACUUCCAGUCUCUGUGCACCACCUCUGCCUUACUGUAUAUGUGCCAGGGCCUCUCCAGCAACUUGAAGGCGACUCUUAUAGUCUUCUACAACUUUUAUACGAUGCACAGGACGGUGGCGAGUCAGCCAAGCUCCUGGCGAUCAGGACAGGUACUUGGUGUGGCUUUAACCGUGUGGGCAGUCAGUCUGCUGCUGGCUUCACUCCCGCUGUGCGGCUGGGGUGUCUUUGUGCGCACGCCUUGGGGCUGCCUGACCGACUGCUCCAGCCCCUAUGUGCUGCUCCUCUUCGCCGUGUAUGCUUCCGCUUUCGGGCUCCUGGCGGUUCUCUCUGUCCCUCUCACUCACCAGCUGCUGUGUUCGGAGGAGCCGCCGAGACUCCAUGCCAACUACCAGGAAAUUUCUCGUGGCGCCUCUACUCCUGGGACCCCUGCUGCUGGGGGAAGAGUGCUCUGUCUGUCACCAGAGGAUGUUGAGAUACCUGCUCUGCGAUGCACUGGGGGAUGCUCCCCGAGCUCCGACGUGGUGUUUCCCCUGGGUCAGCCUGCUGCCUCCGGUGCUGGAGCUCGCAAGCGAGAGAAUCCCGGGACUCCCCAUGGCGCCAACAGCUUCCCUGUGAGCCUAGCGCAGAAGCGUUUUUCUUUGAUCCUAGCCCUGACGAAAGUCAUCCUGUGGCUGCCCAUGAUGAUCCACAUGGUGGUAAAACACGUGGUGGGGUUUCAGAGCCUUCCGGUCGAUAUGCUCAGCUUCCUACUAAGCCUACUGGCCAGCACUGUAACCCCAGUGUUUGUCUUGUCUAAACAUUGGACUCACCUGCCUUGUGGCUGCAUCAUCAACUGCCAGCCAGACACCUACUCCGUUGUCUUCGAUGGGAAAAAGGCGAAAAGGAAAGGCUUUGAAUUCAAUCUAUCAUUCCAACAAAGUUAUGGACUCUAUAAAAUACCACAUUCAGAUUAUAAUGAUGAUGAUGAAAAUUCCAUUUCCUAUCACAACCCAAAGAAAUAUGAGUGUGAAGCUACACAGGAGCCUCGGGGAGACAACCACAGUAUCUUCAAUACCAUCAAAGUAGAAGUCAGCACCACACCGCCUCUGGACAGCGCCACAGUGACGGCUGUCAACAAGUGCACCAAUACUGACAUCCCAGAGCCCAAAGAGGCCAUGAAAGAAGAAAAGGGGGCUUUUUCUGUUAAAACAGAAAGCAAUAUUAACUAUGGAGAAACCACCUCUUUUGAAGGUACAGAGAGACGACUGUCCCAUGAGGAGAAUCAGAAACCAGAUCUUUCAGACUGGGAGUGGUGCAGAAGUAAGUCUGAACGAACACCUCGCCAGCGUUCAGGUGGUGGGCUGGCUAUUCCCAUAUGUGCAUUCCAAGGGACUGUGUCUCUCCAAGCACCUACAGGGAAAACCCUCUCUCUUUCUACUUAUGAGGUCAGCGCAGAAGGGCAAAAGAUAACCCCAGCCUCUAAGAAAAUAGAAGUCUAUCGAUCUAAAAGUGUUGGCCAUGAACCGAACUCAGAGGAGUCUCCCUCCACGUUUGCGGAUACCAGUGUAAAAAUACACUUGGAAGUUCUUGAAAUUUGUGACAACGAUGAGGCUUUAGACACUGUGUCAAUCAUUAGCAACAUCAGCCAGUCCUCUACAAAAGUCAGAUCUCCUUCUCUGCGCUACUCACGGAAGGAAAACAGAUUCGUCUCAUGUGACUUAGGAGAAACUGCCUCAUAUUCCCUCUUCUUACCUACAAGUGAUCCUGAUGGUGAUAUCAACAUCUCUAUCCCAGACACAGUGGAAGCACACAGACAGAACAGCAGGAGGCAGCAUCAGGAGAGGGAUGGCUACCAGGAAGAGAUCCAGUUGUUAAACAAAGCCUACAGGAAAAGGGAGGCAGAAAGCCAGGAUAAUUAG